CAUCCCGACGCGUGUGUUUUGCAGAGACGUGUGGGGCAGUAAUAGUUUCUUAAUGCCCCGACAGACGAGAGAGCGAAAGGGGUGGGUAGGGGAGUGCGUGACAUGCCAACAAGUUACAGUAUCUCUAGUGGUGAGGCUUUAGUGAUGAGAUGAGGAUCCGAACACGCAAGUUUGCUGUCUGACAGCCGCAUCCUCUGGUUCCUCGUCGAGUGGUUCUGGAGUAAAUCACAUCUGGAAAAGCAACAGGAAGAAGUUGAGGCUGUGAUGCUGUAGCAACAAUGUCACAGCUGUAUUACAGGAAAACUGACAACUCCUCAUACAGAGACCGCAUCCCCCUGCAGGUUGUGCGGGCAGAGUCUGAGCUCUCUGCUCUGGAGAGGGCCUACCUGGGGGCUGUUGAGAAGGGGGACUAUGGCAGUGUGAAACAAGCCCUGGAGGAGGCUGAGAUCUACUUCAGGAUCAACAUUGACUGCAUCGACCCCCUGGGGCGCACAGCUCUGCUCAUUGCCAUUGAAAAUGAGAACCUGGAGAUCAUUGAGCUGCUGCUCAGCUUUAAUGUAUAUGUGGGUGAUGCUCUGCUACAUGCCAUCCGCAAAGAAGUGGUGGGGGCUGUGGAGCUGCUGCUCAACCACAAGAAGCCACGUGGGGAAAAACAGGUUCCACCAAUUCUGCUGGACAAACAGUUUUCAGACUUCACCCCAGACAUCACUCCAAUCAUCCUUGCAGCCCACACCAACAACUAUGAGAUCAUCAAACUGCUCUUGCAGCGAGGUGUUUCUAUACCUCAGCCACAUGCUGUGCGUUGCAACUGUGUAGAGUGUGUGUCCAGUUCAGACGUGGACUGCUUACGUUACUCACGCUCUCGUCUUAACAUCUACAAGGCCCUUGCCAGCUCAUCUCUCAUCGCCCUCUCCAGUGAGGAUCCUUUCCUCACGGCUUUCCAACUCAGCUGGGAGCUGAAGGAGCUCAGCAUGGUAGAGAAUGAGUUCAAGUCAGAGUAUGAGGAGCUGGCUCAUAUGUGUAAGCAGUUUGCAAAGGACCUUUUGGACCAGACCCGAAGCUCUAAAGAGUUGGAAAUAAUUCUCAACUACCGUGAUGACGCCGACCCUCUGCUGGAUGAGAACACUAAUGAUCUGGCCCGACUGAAGCUGGCUAUCAAAUAUUGCCAGAAAGAGUUUGUUGCUCAGCCCAACUGUCAGCAGCUGCUGGCGUCUCGGUGGUAUGAUGAGUUUCCAGGCUGGAGGAGGCGUCACUGGGCAGUAAAACUUAUCACAUGCAUCUUCAUUGGUGUCCUCUUCCCACUGUUUUGCAUCUUAUACCUGAUCACUCCGAAGAGCCGUUAUGGCUUAUUCAUCCGGAAGCCCUUCAUCAAGUUCAUCUGUCACACUGCGUCCUAUCUGACCUUCCUCUUCCUGCUCUUCUUGGCUUCGCAGCAUAUAGCCUCUGCAAACCCUGCGAUUCAAGGCCCCGCACCCAACACUGUGGAAUGGAUGAUCCUGCCCUGGGUGCUUGGUUUUAUAUGGACGGAGAUAAAACAGAUGUGGGAUAGCGGUUUUGAAGACUACAUAGAUGACUGGUGGAACUUAAUGGACUUCAUAAUGAACUCCUUGUAUCUUGCAACAAUUUCUCUGAAAAUUGUUGCCUAUGUAAAGUUCAGUGGGAAGAAAAGCAGAGAAACCUGGGAAAUGUGGCAUCCAACUUUGAUUGCAGAGGCAUUGUUUGCCAUUGCCAACAUCUUCAGCUCCUUGCGCCUCAUCUGCCUUUUCACUGCCAACUCCCAUCUAGGCCCCUUACAGAUCUCACUGGGCCGCAUGCUUCUGGACAUCCUCAAGUUUCUCUUCAUCUAUUGUCUAGUGCUGUUAGCCUUCGCCAAUGGCCUCAACCAGCUCUACUUUUAUUAUGAAAAAGAUAUGGGCAACAAUUGCACGGGUAUUCGCUGUAAUCAGCAAAACAACGCCUUCUCAACGCUGUUCGAGACACUGCAGUCAUUAUUUUGGUCUGUAUUUGGCCUGAUUUCCCUUUAUGUGACGAAUGUGGAACCCAACCAUCAAUUCACCGAGUUUGUGGGCACUACCAUGUUUGGCACGUACAAUGUCAUCUCCCUGGUAGUCCUUCUGAACAUGCUAAUUGCUAUGAUGAAUAACUCCUACCAGCACAUUGCUGAUCAUGCAGAUAUAGAAUGGAAAUUUGCGAGAACUAAACUAUGGAUGAGCUACUUUGAAGAAGGGGGAACUUUGCCAUCUCCAUUCAAUAUCAUACCCAGUCCAAAGUCGGUUUAUUAUCUAAUUGGAUGGAUAAGGAUGCAUUUGUUUAUGCGAAAAAGCAUAAAAAGGCUUGUUACCUUUGAAACUUUGGGGAUGCGUGCAGCAGACAGCGUAAGAUUAAACCAUGAGUAUCAGGAGGUUUUGAAGAACCUAGUGAAGCGGUAUGUGGCCGCCAUGAUCAGAGAUGCCAAGACAGCAGAAGGGCUGACAGAAGAGAAUUUCAAGGAGCUUAAGCAGGAUAUCUCCAGCUUCCGCUAUGAAGUCGUGGGAAUGAUGAAGGGUAAACUUCAAGGUGGGGUUGCAGGUACCAUUGCAUCCUCCACCUUGGCUUACCCAGGGAACCCAUUCAAGUACUCUCCCAAAUUCCCUAUUGACGAUCCUCAACAGAAGCUGACCGUGUUUGAUAUACCCACUCCAAUCCCCAGCCCCACCGGAAACAGUGGGGUCGCUAUCACCAUCAGGUCUGUGGACUCUAACAGGCAAGCAAAUGUUCCAGUUGUUCUGUCCAGCAUAGGACAGGCUCAGAACGAGCUUUCCAAGAAUGACUCAGAUGCCAGGUCCCUGCAGAGACAGAGCAGACCCUCCUCUCAGAAAUGUGAUGAAAUACAGUCAUUAUCCGAGAAAGAAACAUUGGGAUCUGGUGAACAAAAACAAGAACAACUUCAGAUUGAGAAAGCAAUUGUGGAAGUCUCACAGAAAGUGGAGAAGGAUACUCUGGGGAUUGAACAUUCUGGCAAAGAACACACUAAGAAAGUGACAAAUGGGCCCAAAAAAAUAAAAAAAUAAUCUGUCUUCAAGUGAGAGAUGUUAAUGUUGUUAACACUUUUGGAUUGGAACUUUCAUUAAAUGAUCUACCGGUUGUAAAACAGUUAAUCAAAGUCACAUAAUUCUUUCAUAGUAAGAAGUUUAACUAUAUAUUCAGUUGAAAUAAUCUAUUCUGAUAUAAUACUCUGUU